GUGCCGCGAUAUUCUGUUUUAAUUGUCGAUUCCCUACAUUUAUGUUUAAUAAUAACGAGAGUAGAAAAUAAACAAACAUGUCUCGAGCUCAAGCGGAGAGUGUGAUUAAAAACAUCAUCAGGGAAAUUGCACAGGAAUGUGCUAGUAAGGGACAAGCUGUAUCUGAAACUCUGGUUGCUUUUAUGGUUAAGGCUGUUGUUUUGGAUCCAUCAAAUGAAUUUAAUGUAGACAGAACUCUAACUAAGGAUGAUGUCCAAAAGCUUAUCAAGCUAUGUGUUGACAGACUUAUGGACAGUAGAUCACCUGCUUUGGAAACUGUCAAAAUGCAGGUGUAUUUUGAUAUGAACUACACAACACGAUCUGAUUUUUUGGAGGAACAUCGGAGAGUCUUAGAGUCUCGGUUACAGCCUGUUAUAAGAGAAAUAACUGAUAGUAGAGCCAGAACCAGAGAGGAGUUAGAAAGUUUAUACCGGAAGAUAGUGUCUGCCGUAUUACUAAGGUCGGGAUUAGGCAGUCCUACAGACAUAGCUGUUGUCAGGGAAGCUACAGCCGCUCUACAGAGUGUUUUCCCCCAGACAGAACUGGGAACUUUUAUGUCACUCACAAAGAGAGACAAGGAAAGACAACUCCUGGAGCUGACGAUGAUUGUGACAGGAAUCAGAUUAUUCAAUAAGGAAUGUGGAAAAGGAGGGGAAGGAAUUGAUGAUUUACCUGCCAUUUUAAAUGAAGCUGUCCCUGCCACCACUCAGAAUGUGGAUGCAGAAAUCCAAGCAACUCUAAAAUCAGCCAACAAAUAUACAGCUCUGAUUGAGAAAAGUUUGUCUGGAGACUCCAAGGAGGGGCCAUCUUCACAGCUGCUGAAAGAAGCCUUAAUAAACACAAGACAACACGAGGCCUUUCUCAGAGUCAUCCUGAAUGAUGUCAUUAGCUGUGCUCAACAAGUUGAACUGUUAGAACAACAACUGGCAUCUAGAAUGGAGCAGCUACAGGCCACUGUACAAUCUAAAACAGCCGUUCCCACUGCACAAGUCUAUCCACAAUUUAUCCAUUUAUCUCAGUUGUGGAGUGGUUUUCAGGAUGAAAUGGUUUUACUCAGUGUUCUCAGUAAUAUCCUGGCUAGUCUGGAACCAUAUACCAGGGGUCAUAGAGAACUGUUCAAUGAUGAAGCACUCAGUCCAUUUUUAGAAGGUGUUAUUGUGAAAACUGAUGAACAAAGAAUUCAAGAUACAUCUGGACCAGAAAACAGAGUUAAUCCCAAAGACUUCAAAGAUUCUGAUUGGUUGUUUCCAGAAACCACCAAAAACUUCACAAAACUGCCAUUACAGUACAGGGGUUACUGUGCUCUGUCCUUAGCUAAAUAUGACCGACUUCUGAUACCAUCAAACCCAGAGGUAGGAGUACUGCGAUACAAGGACCAUUACUAUGCUUUCUCAAAUAAAAAUGCUGCAGGAGAAUUUGCACAAAAUCCAGACAGUUACAUUCGACUGGUAGCAGAAGGGGCCAAGAAAAGUCCAGAAUUGAUUCAGCUAUUAGAAUUACAUACCCAGUUUGCCACAAUAACACCAUAUUCACAGGGAAAAGAUCAAGGCCGUAUGAUAGAGAAGCCGGUCACUAAAUGUGACAGUGGUACACAGACAGACACCCACUUUAUGGAGUCUAACAUUGUCAAGUCAUAUGAAUGGAAUGAAUGGGAACUCAGGAACUUAAAAUUUCUAUUUCAGGCUAACCUGCGGACACGGAUCACUCACUCAGUACAGACUAAUCUCAGUAACAUGAGAAGAGACAAUGCCAUACAAGUCUGGCCUCCAAAAGACCAGGAGACUCAGACAAAGACGGAUGCCUCCACCAAUGUUCCGCGGCCCCAGGUAUUCCUGGCCGGUUUACGGGGAGGUGGAAUGUCCACUGCCACCAACAUGGUCAAAGUGGAUCUUACCCAGGACGUAGAUCAGACGUAACUGCUAUCCCUAUCAAUCAAUUCUGCUGGAUUUUAGUUCUAUUUAUUUGUCAUUUAAGGAAAACUGUCUUACUAAUGACAGUGCCGAUUGUGUUAAAAAGGACCAACAUUCUCUCAGAAAGAUUUCAUCCAAUAAUAAAGAUUUACUUAAACAAUUAAAUUUGAAAGUAUGAUACUGUGAAAGUCAUGGUAUAUUAAUAAACUU